AGCAGGCUUGGUAGCUCCGAGCCACGUUGACGGGAACCGGUCGCAAGUGGAGCCUCUUCAGGGGCUUGGGGUAUAAGUGCCUGUCCUUGUCUCCGGUGCCCGCGGUUGACCGAGUCGAUUCCACGUUGCUUGGCUUUCUGCAUUGCUCCCGAAGGAGGUUACAGAGGAUGAGUGUUGGGUUCAUUGGAGCGGGCCAGCUGGCCUUCGCCUUGGCCCGCGGAUUCACCGCCGCAGGUGUUCUGGCUGCACACAAGAUCACAGCAAGUUCACCAGAUCAUGAUUUACCCACUGUUGGAAGCUUGAGGAAACUGGGUGUCAAUUUUACUUCAAGCAACAAGGAGGCAGUUCAGAAGUGUGAUGUACUGUUUCUGGCAGUCAAACCUCCCAUUAUCCCUUUUGUGCUGGAUGAGAUAGCUCCUGACAUUGAAGAUCGCCACUUGGUUGUGUCUUGUGCUGCUGGAGUCACAAUUAGCUCCAUAGAGAAGAAACUGUCUACUGUGCGCCAGUUUCCAAAAGUGAUUCGCUUAAUGACCAACACCCCGGUGAUAGUGCGAGAGGGUGCUACGGUGUACGCCACAGGAACGCACGCAGAGGUGGAGGAUGGGAACCUGCUGGAGCAGUUGAUGGCCAGUGUUGGUUACUGUGUAGAGGUGGAGGAGGACCUGAUUGAUGCAGUCACUGGCCUCAGCGGCAGUGGCCCUGCCUAUGCUUUCACAGCUAUUGACGCCUUGGCAGAUGGUGGUGUGAAGAUGGGUCUCACUCGUAGAUUAGCAGUUCGACUUGGCGCUCAAGCAUUGCUGGGAGCAGCUAAGAUGUUGCUAGAGUCUGAGCAGCAUCCUGGGCAGCUGAAGGAUAAUGUGUGUUCACCAGGUGGUGCUACCAUCCAUGCCCUUCACUUAAUGGAGAGUGGGGGAUUCCGCAGUCUCCUCAUCGAUGCUGUUGAAGCUUCCUGUAUAAGAACGAGGGAGCUCCAGUCUCUUGCAGACCAGGAGACUGUUCCCCCAGCAGCCAUUAAAAAGACCACGCUGAACAAGGUGAAACAGAGUGCCUCCAAUGCUGGCAUCAGCCUCUUCAACCAUAAGUACCCUGGAAGCAAGAGGCAUUAAAUAUUGGAACUGGCAUUUGCAAGUGGAUGAAAUAAACAAGAAGAGUGUUACCAAACUACAGAUGAAAUGCAUUAGAGGAAGAACAAUGACUUUUAUCUUUGUCACCACAUUUUAUUGCUGCUUAAUCUGCAGUUUAAAAUGGUAAUGUGGAGAUCAGAGUACAUACUUAACAUGCCCUGUAGAAGUUAGGGGUUGAUGAGUGUACUGUACAUAAGUAACAUUGGCUAUCUAUAUAGUGGUCACUGUUACAUGUGUUUUUCCCUUCCUUGGGUAGAGAUGUAACUGUAUUGAGAAAGAACAAGGGGACUAUCCCAGUGUCUUGCCUAAUGCCUAUCCCUUGACCGGCAUCUCAAAUAUCUAGCCAUUAUUAAGUUGUUUUAAUUUGUUUUAUUUGCUGACACAAAUUGACUUUUCCUACAUUACGGCGGAUUAAGUUUUUUUUUCCUUUACUGUUGUAAAGUGCUUUUACUUGUGAUGAGGCUGUGCAAAGGGCGAUUUGAGCAGAAGUUUUUUUUCUUCCUUUCUUUCUAAUGUUGUUCCCUUGUUUACAAAACCAUUUGGCACCUUUUGUGAAUUUUCCUGCAGAAACUAGAGAAACAACUUUUAUCAUUGCUCUCUUUCUGCCUCUUAGUCAGUUUCAUAUGGAGGCACCUGUAGGCCUGUAAUCCCAUGAGUUUAACCACAUUGACUGUAUUGAUUAAAGGAGGCAUCUACUGGAGGCUGACAAAUGUUGACCUUGCCAACAAUGCCCAUAUCUAUGCAUGAAUUUAAACAAAAUCUGCUAAAGCUACAUGGUACUUUACCAAAUACACUUCAAUUUUCCUCAACCCCUUUGUUAUUGAAGAAUAAGUUUAUAUUUGAUAGUUGUAACUUGCCUUUUUCAAAUGCUUUGGCUGUUGUUUCUUAUCGCAUUUUUGAUAAACACAUGUACCCCAGUUUCUUUUUUUUAAAUUCUGGGACCAUACAUUGUCAAUUCUACCAUAGAAAUUUCUCCAUGGUAACUUUGCAUGGGAAGAUGCGAAGUUGGCCCUUAUUAUGUGGCCCAAUGAACAAGGCAAGUACAACCUGCAAGGAUUUUAAUACAAUACCACUGAAGAUCAUACUAAAUUAGUGGACAAUUUCUUUGAAAAUAAAUCUUUCCUCGUCCAGUUAUAUACAGGAAUAACUUGGGGGUUUCUUGAUUAAGGGAUGGGUUACAGAGUGAUGAAGGCAAUAGCUAGUCUGUUGGGAAAGAACAUGUUCUUCAUUUCUUAACAAGUGGACUUCUUGAAGGGGCUUUAAAACAAAAAGUACAAUCAAUGACUUUCAAUUGUGUGAGAUAGGGUGCAUCUUUCCCAAAAUUAAUUUUCUUCUCAAUUGCCUCCCUUGGAUUAAAAACACCUGGUUGGAAAUUUGUUCCAAAUUACAUGUGCAAUAUCAAAGCACAUUUUAGAAGCAGAGGACAAUAUAAUUUGUGUUUAGAAUUUGGGACGGAGGAUGAAUUUCUUCAUUAAUUCAGUAACUCUUAUGGAAACUUUGAUGGUUUGGGGCAUUACAGAAUCUUCUAUCAAAUUAUUCACAGAAAAUUGAGUAGAUUUGAGAAGCAUGUUUAAUGAGGGAAGGACCAAGAACCUUUUACCUCCUAAAAGAACAAUUGAGAUAAUCCUAUGUAUUUAUGGCAAUACAACUGUUCUGACUGUCCUUUAUGCACUUGAGCUGUAAUGCAGCUACAAAUACUGUUUUUUUUUGAUCAUUAGUAAAACUGUAAUGUUGUGGAUAUAUUUAUUCUACAUGGCUGAACCACACUUCUAUCUUGCAGCCUGACCAAAAGUGAAUUCUGUGAACUGCUGGGAGUGAUCUAUACUUGUGCAUUUCAGAAGAGUGAGCUAAAGUAAUUUAAAUUCUGUACAUUUAUGUCUUAGUGGUCAGUGGAAAAUACUGCAGGUUUCCUCCAGGUACUCUAGAAGAAAAUGCAAACUCGCAAACUAGUAGUACUAAAUUUGAAAUGUGUGUCAGGACAGUGCCUCUUGGUUUGUUAUCCCAGUUUAUUAAUACUUAAGAGCAUUGCUUCUUUUAAGCAUUAGCAAGUUACAGGAUUAUCCAGCAAAGUGAAUGUUGAGUUUAUUGUUAUAUGCACAAGUAGUCCCUAGUUAAUUUAUCAGAUCAAUCUUUGCAACAUUGGUAAUUUUGAUAGAUGAUAAUUUUUUAAUUAUCUCAAUUUACCUGAAGGUCUGGAGCAAUGUGUACAAUAUACCAUCAGAUAAAUAAUUCUGUGAGGGUGAACUUUCUUUGAGUCAACAUCGAUGAAUACACUACUUCAGGAAAUUUGCAAUUUAAAUACCAAAAAGAUUUCUUAGGGGGCAUUUAUUCAUAGGAUAAAUCUGUGUGGAAAAACACGUCUGUAAUUGUGCAAUUCUAGAGUUGUAUCCUAACUUUUUUAAUCAAUAGAUAAUCACCUUUUGAUUUAUGUUUACUUUCACAAUCUCUACUACCUCUCCAAUUUCAUGUGCAUUUUGAAAACUGCUACCAAGUUCAUCUGCCCCAGAGAUUGGACCAGCUAAACCUGGACCUUUUGGCCUUCAUAUUGCUUUCGGGCAAUUGGUGAGCAGCAAACAGCGGUACAUAUGGCAGAUGCAUUUUGAGAAUGGGAGUAAACUUGUCCACAAUGUGAUAUGUCACACAAUAUUGUUACUAUGGUUCUCUGAAAGUAAAGCCAGCAGCAAAGCAGUAAGUUUUAAGUGCUUUGUAGCUCGACAUAAAAGUAUGACAAUCAACAAUGGAAUUUGUAUCUAUGCGGCUUCAAUGUAUAUUUAAUAAACAAAUAUUU